GCAGUGGGCCGUUGGCCGCGCAGGCGCCGUGGGCCGGCGGGUGUUUACGGCGGCGGAGGUCGGGGGCCGCGGACAGGCCGCGGACGGGCGAGCGGCGCCCGAGGAGCCGCAGGUCGCGGGCCGGCCGGCCCUGGAGUGAUAGUCACGAUGGAACACGGCCCCGUAUAGUCGACAACCACCUAGGAUGGACCGUGACCCCACGUUCGCGGCUGCGUGCCUGCACCCCUCGCACCCGUUAGGAGCCCCUGCCGCCCUCAGGCCGGGGCUGCGAGGUACGCCCAGCGCUGGAGCAAGGACAGCGCUCCUUGGACAAGUCGGGUUUGAAUGGACGGUAGAUCCAGGUUUGGAGGCUGGAGGACUGAGCACAUCCGGGUGUUGCCCGAGUGUGAUCUCAAAGAUGGGAGGUGCGGUGAGUGCUGGUGAGGACAACGAUGAGCUGAUAGACAAUUUGAAGGAAGCACAGUACAUCCGGACCGAACUGGUGGAGCAGGCUUUCCGAGCGAUUGACCGCGCAGAUUAUUAUCUUGAAGAGUUUAAAGAAAAUGCGUAUAAAGACUUGGCAUGGAAGCAUGGGAACAUCCACCUGUCGGCUCCGUGCAUCUACUCAGAGGUGAUGGAAGCCCUGGACCUGCAGCCUGGGCUCUCGUUCCUGAACCUGGGCAGUGGCACCGGCUACCUCAGCUCCAUGGUGGGGCUCAUUUUAGGUCCUUUUGGGGUAAACCAUGGUGUGGAGCUUCAUCCAGACGUGAUUGAGUACGCAAAGCAGAAACUAGACUUCUUCAUCAGGACCAGCGACAGCUUCGACAAGUUUGACUUCUGUGAACCUUCCUUUGUUCCUGGCAAUUGCCUGGAGCUUUCUCCCGAUUGCUCUCAGUAUGACCGGGUGUAUUGCGGGGCAGGUGUGCAGAAGGAGCACGAGGACUACAUGAAGAGUCUUCUCAAGGUGGGGGGCAUCCUGGUCAUGCCGCUGGAAGAGAAGUUGACUAAGAUAACGCGCACGGGACCUUCUGCUUGGGAAACCAAAAAGAUCCUGGCUGUUUCCUUUGCUCCUCUGGUCCAGCCGCGCCGCUCAGAGUCGGGGAAAUCAAGACUCGUCCAGUUACAGAACUGCUGACGGUGAUGCCCUGGGAAGCAGAAGAGCCACCUAGAAGGGAAUUAAACCCGCCCUGUGGAGAGUGUGUCCCGGCACCUCUGGCCGCGGGGCUCCUGCAGAGCCCGGUCCCUCUGCUCCGGGGCGGCUGCAGGGCCACGUGUCCGCCACUCGGCUCAGGUGGGCGGGGCCAGGUCUGCAGUGGAGCCUUCCUCGGCCAGGCCUGCGCCUCUCACUCCGUCAGGGUGCAGACCCACCAAAGAGUGAAGCUUUCAGCCAAAUGUUUUAUAAUUUCAACAAGAGGUUUACACAGCAAGGAAAAUUGCAAGUGUCUUUAUUUAAUAUAAAACUGUUCAGCAUGCACUCUGCUUUCUGAUGAUUUAGAAAAUUUGGAAAAUGAAAAAAAAUAUAGGAAGAAAAAAAUCACCCUUAAUUUCAGCACCCAAAGAUAACUAAUACAUGUUGGUGAGUUCCUUCCAGAAUCAUCCUUUAAUAUAUGAGAGGAGUCACUUGUCAAUGUGAUGUUCUUCCUGGUCUCUGCUAAGUGCAGGUCACAUGGCAUUGACAUGGUCGUUGAAGUGUGAGGAACUGGGGUCAGGAGCACCCACAGGCUGCAGAGGGACUGAGAGGGUAGGCGUGGAGAGUGAGGAUGUUUGUGUUGGUCCUGAGGCCGAGAGGAACUCCAUGAGAGAAGAGGGAGGAAAGGAGCCAAGGCCGUGACUGACGUGUGCGUUCCCAGGUGCUCAGAGGGGGCAGGGGGCUCCCUGAGGGGGUGCCCGUUGGCCUGCAGUUAUCUGUCCCCCGGGCUGUGCAGGGCUCCUCGGGGGGAGCGUCUCACUCGGGAUCACCCUCCUGAGGGACGCAGUCGUGUCCUUGUUCCGUGUUCCCAGAGGGUAACUGAGCUGACGUUGCCCACGGCAGCGUGUUGGAGGUGAGGGGACAGUCGGGGGUCGAGGAGGCUUGGUUGGGCCUGGCUGACGGUCAUGACCACGUGGAGGGCACCCUGAUAUGUGGGUUUUGAGCCUGUGGUUCAAAGUGAAUAUUGGAUGAUAAAUCACGUGAUGCUGUUUAGGGAUCAUCAAGGGAGCAGCAGUCCCCGUGUUUGUGACGUGACCUUUGUAGACCAGUAGUCACACUGAUGGGGUCGGUGCCGAGUGAGGUCCUGUAGGUGCCGGCAGCGUCCGCCAUCAGAGUGGACGGGCCAAGGUCAGCACAGGCAGGGACCAGGCAGGAGGCGUUGGGAUGUCCCAGGCUAGAGAUGAAGAUGGAUGGUGAACACUGGCCUGAGAGGGAAGGCCCGGGACAGGCCCAGGAGCUCUCUGAGGAAGGGUGCCAGAGACUUGUGAUCGGCUUUGUGGUCAGGGCUGGGUGACAGCCCUGGGGGUUGCCGGCCUAUCUCUGUUAAUUGCAGCCACAGACUAGAUGUCAGGCCGAGGAGAGGGGAGAAGGGGUGACGUCAGAACCUGGGGCAGCAGCACUCGGCUGGGAGGGGGAAGAGCUGACACCAGCCAGCAAGCAGGUUACCUCCCCACGUGGCCCACGUGCCAGCGCUGUCCGUUCCAGCUGCCUUAGGAGCAGCAGCGAGUGGCAGGGUGAGCCCCAGCGUCCUUCCUGGAGGAAGAGGACAGUUGAGCAGAGAGGAGUUGGUGCUGACAAUGGGGUCACGGGAACUUCCAGGGCCCCGGGGUCCAGUGGGCACUUGCUGAGGUUCUGCGAGGCCUCCGGAUGGUGGGUGGGGGUGUUUUGGGGCACUCAGGUCCUGGAGGGGAGAGCGAUGCUGGUUUUGAGUUUACUCUAUUGACACACUUGACCCCCUCGUUCCUUUCCCUCCGAGAAAAGCCCUCACGGCCUCGCCGCAGAGUCUGCGUUAAACUCAGUGACCAAGCUUUACUUUUUCUUAGGCUGUAGAGUUUUUGUUCUUAAAAAUGUGUGGUUCUACUUUUCUCUACUUUAACAACAACAACAAGAAGUCCUCAGUUUACAAAUCACAGUGAAAACGUUAGAGUAGGGGGCGAGUGCCGGGUGGCGGUGGGUGAGAGAGCCCACGGGCAGACAGGGACCCGCGGGCCGGCCAGGCGGAGGACGCAGCCGCCGGGCCUUCUCCUGCUGUCUCCGCCGGUGCUGCCCUCCUUGGCCUCCGUGCGGGUUACAGGUGUCAGGUAUCUCCUGAAAAGAGCUCACGUUCUGUGCUUUGUUUGUCCAC